CGGGCUAUCUAGUCUGACCCCUGGCUGCAGCCGGCUCCACUCACGACAUGCCCACCAUGUGCACGUCCAGUCUGACCUUGUACUUUGGUAAACAGGAGUAAAAAGCAUGUAGACUGAAAUUAUGGUACUUUAUGGGAGGGAGGGGCUUUUUGUGCAGAAAGAUCAGCAGAAAGCAUUAACACAGCUUGCUUCUAUUGCAAGUGGAUUCCUUGCAGAUAGAGAGGAAGGUGCAUUACACAGACGAUGCACAGGAACUCGUUAAGGCCACUGUCCUCUGCUUUGAUGCACAACCCCUCCUGUGCACAGAGGUCUCUUGCACGGAGUGCUGGACAAUCUCUGCCAUGCAAGCCUCACGCCCUGCACCACAUGAGGGGCCAGGAAGGGGAGGGGGAGCAGCUGGGGCUUGGCCACAUCAGCGCUGCCUGCCCUCCUCUGCUUGGCCCUCUUGGAGGCUGCGUUCUGCCAUGGAAAAGCAGCCUGUGUGGCUCUUUCUGUGCCCACCAUUAGGGAGCAGGGCAGGGGCUCUGCAGGCAGAGUCCGAGCUCUGAGGUUGCUGGGUCUGAGAGCUGGACUCCAAAUGGCACUAUUCUAUCCUCCCUUCCCCUGCCAACCCUGGUGGAAGACAGCAGAUUCCACCCCUAGCAUUUCCCCAUAUUUUCAUACGGUAAGAUUUUACUGUGUCUUGGUACUGUGCCCCACUUUAGGAUGAUUGUAUAGUGAAAAGUAGAUUUUUUAAAAAAAUAAGUGAAACAAUAGAAUAAUUAAAAGGUCGAAAGUUGCUCUUGUUGCUACGCAGAGUGAUAACUUGUGUUAGGAAGGAAAGAGGUGCUGAAGACCUCUGUGCUGGGAGGCAUCCACUCAGACAACGGAUGGCCCGCUCCCAUGUUCUGGGAGGCCAGCACAUUUCCCUGUUGGUGAUCCCAGGCUGGGCAUAGAAUACAAAAUAUGGAAGAGAAAUGUGAUGCUUGCCCGUUAAAUGAUUCGUUCUUCCCACUUUCGAAAACAAGUUGCCUUCCCUUGCAAUUGAAACUGCAAACAUUAUGCCGCAUCAUGCCCAACGUGUGGCAGUGAUGCCCUCAGCUAAGUGGCUGCCCAUUGUCCAUCCCCAGUAAAAGUGCGGAAUGUGGGAAUGUGUACUUAAAGUAGGAUAGUCCAGAUUUCAGUUCACAAUAUGAAAAGAAUCUACUGCAGUUGUUUGGUGGUCUAUGGAAACCUUAUAUUUUUUGCAUCCAGUAGAGGUUCUCCACAUGUAGGAAGGCAGAGCAGAGGCACUGUCCCUGCAGCCACCAUGACCUGUUCCUGGAGGCUUUGCUGAAGCGGAUCUGAAGGGGACUAUGAGAAGAAGACUUGGAGAACCACUAGUCUUUUUGCAGAAUGCUGAUGCAGGCUCGCUUUGCUAGCCAUUGGCCACGGCACGAUGUUCGUUUUUUUCUGGUUGACAAGGAAGAAGGGAUAGUAGAAAAGAUUGCAGCCUGGAAGCACCAUGGUGUCAUAUGAAAUAACAGCAGCAAAGAAUAUACCAGUGGAAAAUGCAACUCAAAAAGUAGCUGAUGCCUUAGAUCCAUCCUACAAAUUAGUACCUGCCUCAUUUGCAAAGGAAAUCCUUGGUGAAGUAAACUUCUCCAUCUCCCCUGAAAACAUUUUUGAGGGGGACACAGUAAAAAUGACGUGCGAGUCAGCCUUGAGCUCCACCAAUGCAACAUGGUACCUUUCGGGAUCUGUGGUCUCCAGCAGCAGCAGGCAUUCCAUAACAGCUGGAUUUGCAGCAGGAAAGUCAACUACAACACUAAAAAUUACAAGCAUUAAGUUGAAUGAAGCUGGUGACUAUAGUUGCACUUUUCUGAAAAAGGGAAUUGACUUGUCGUCAAUCUACAAAGCUGUGGGUAAUAUAACAGUCUCCCAAAUCAAAGUUGUGCCAUCAGAUAAUGUUUCGAUUGUAUGCAAUGGUGAAAGUAAAACACUGAGCUGCUGUACAGAAAGCAAUAUACAAUUAUUCACUUCUUACUGGAAAUCACAUGGAGCAAUAAAUAUUUCAGGAAGCACCACUUCUACACACAACUGUACCACAUACCUUCUUCAGGCUAACGAGUCUCAGUGCCCAGCAGACAAAUCUGGCACCAAAACGGAUUACAUGUGUGAGCUGAACACAACUUACGGUGCCCGCAGCAGUAAAGUGAUCAGUGUGACCUACUUCCGGCUGGCAAAAGUAACCAUGUCUGCUAGCCGAAAUGGCCAUGUUUCUGAGGGCCAUGGCUUCUCUCUAACAUGCCUUAGUGAUGUGAGUAAUUAUGACAAAGUCACCUGGAAGAUCCAAAGAGGAAACUCCACCACGCAUGUAGACAGCAUAUGGUAUUCUACCAGAAAGACCCUAAAAGGAGCCGAAUCUGUGCUGACAGGGGCCGCUGCCACCCGGGACUGGAAUGGCACCUACACUUGCACCUUUUUCCAAAGUUUUUUGAACAGCUCUGCAUCCAUGCAAUUUGAAGUUCAUCCUUUGCCCCUGAAACAUGAAAUAAUAAGAGAUCCCAUAGAUGCAUCCGUGCCUUGUCCAGGCACCCAAGUUCUGAAGUGCUGCACAAGCAAAUUGGAACAUUACACAGUGUCAUUCUAUGCUCCAGGAUGGCCUUCAGCUAUUCAGGCAGAAAAAAGAGAAGAAGGCAGCUUCAACUGCUAUCACCAAACACUCACAGUCACAGAAGCGUAUUGUGAUUCCACACAGCAGGUUUCCCAGGUGCAUUGUGAGUUCACUAACCAAAUUGAUGUGACUGUGAAGAGCUCACCUAUGACCCUGCAUCUUAUACCAGUAAAGUUAGCAAUCUGCAAUUCUUCCAAGGUUGGUGUUGGAAAGGAUGGAGCUGUGAUCGUGAAGCCUUGCCUGCAUUUGAUGGGGACAAGCGGCCCUGUCCGAGGAAGCAUCACCUAUAAGUGUCACCAUGCAAAAUGGGAUGUUGCUGAAAACAACUGCCUGACUGCUCCAGUUAAUGACCUUCUCAGUUCUGCUGAGACCUUGGUGUCUGAUCCUGAGUUAAACCAGAAUCUACCCAUGUACCUGGAACGCCUAAAUAGGACUAUCAAGGAGCAGCAGGAAAAUAUAAGCACUUCAACUGCAAACCUGAAGGCUGUGGUUGAAAUCCUGAACUUGGUUUCAGUCAUACCCAUAGAUGCAAAGCAGAAGCCAAUGGAAAAUUUUUUGUCUGCAGUAGAUACCAUUAUCAACAGUUCAGUAGAAACAUGGAAGAAUUUUAAGAACGGGAGCUCUCAGUUAUUGGAUUCAGUGCAGAAGUUUUCACAGUCUCUCCGACCUGUCAAUAACACUAUUCCACCCAUUAUAAAGGACAACCUUCAGCUCAAAGGAGCUGUCGUUGGGAAUGGGAAUGUUUCAGACUUCAGUAAGAGCUUCACAUUUUCCAAACUCUCCAGCCUCAGUGGUAGUGUGCUAAUUGAUAAAGGAAAAAUCAAGUUUGAGACGGCAAUCACCAUCAUCAGCGUGGCUUAUUCAACACUUGGGCAUAUUAUUCCACUCUAUAAAACAGAUGAAGUAAUUAAUGGUUUGGUAAUUUCCACAGUGAUGAAUACCAGCAGCCAACUAGGUGAAGAUUUCCAGAUCAACAUGACAUUUACAAAGAGCAAGAAAUCCCUAAACAAUCCUCGAUGUGUCUUUUGGAAUUUCAGCUUCUCAGCAGGUGAAGGAGGUUGGGAUGACACUGGCUGUGAAAGCAAAGAGAAUGGGGACAGUGUCACUUGCUCCUGCAACCACUUGACUUCGUUUUCCAUUUUGAUGUCCCCCAGCCAUGCAAGUCCAUGGGCUGGACUGACUUACAUCACUUACAUUGGCCUGAGCAUUUCAAUAUUGAGCCUGCUGGUCUGCAUCGCAAUAGAAUUUGCUGUGUGGAAAUCAGUGACCAAAACUAGGAUAUCCUGCAUGCGCCACGUGUGCAUCCUGAACAUUGCAAUUUCGCUCCUGAUUGCAGACAUCUGCUUCAUCACUGUGGCAGCGAUGCAUGACAAAAACGAUAAAGUGGACCGGCAUAUCUGCACAGCAGUGACAUUUUUCAUUCACUUUUUCUAUCUCUGCGUCUUCUUUUGGAUGCUCACCUUAGCUCUUAUGCUCUUCUACCACCUGGUCUUUAUUUUACAUAAUGCAAGCAAGACUACCAUGAAAGCUGUAGGCUUCUGCUUGGGAUACAUCUGCCCUCUGGUUAUAUCGGCCAUCACGAUAGGCAUCACUCACCCACGUGACUCGUACACACAAGAAGGGAUCUGCUUGCUCAGCUGGAAGGAUAGCAAAGCUCUCUUGGCUUUAGUUAUUCCCGCCAUGACCAUCGUCGUUAUUAAUGCUAUUGUUACCAUCGUGGUUAUCGCAAAAAUUUCAAGGCCUUCCAUUGGAGAAAAGUCGAUAAGUGAAGAAAAAAGCUCUCUCUACCGUGUCAGCAAGAGCAUUGGCAUUCUGACAUCAAUGUUAGGUCUUACAUGGGGAUUUGGCUUUGCCACAGUUUUCCCUGAAAGCCCAACAAUAUUCCAUAUAUUAUUUACUAUUUUCAAUGCAUUUCAGGGAUUAUUCAUUUUGUUGUGUGGAACACUUUGGGAUAGGAAGGUGCGAGAAACUAUGCUGAACAAGUAUUCCCUCUCCAGGUGGAGUUCACAGCACUCAAAGUCGAUAUCGCAAGGCGUAUCAGCUCCGAUGCUUUCCAUCAGUUCUCCUUUCUCGAGGACUUUAAACAACUUAUUUGGCAAAGCAGGAAAAUACGAGGUCUCUUCCACAGAAUCACCGUCUUUAUCCUCUGAAAACACUUCGAAGACCUAUUCUUUGCUGUCUUGAGUCCACCAAGGACUUGAGGUUGUUGUUGCUGUUUCCUUGACCAAGGAUUAAGCACAGAAUAGUCCAAGAAUAAUAGAACAUUGAUUUCUUGUAGGCUAUAAAGCACUGUGACCUAUUAGUAUAACAGUUUAUUUUCCAAUGUACCUUGUGAUGUGUGGAAGACUAACGUUUAGACUAGAAGAAAGGCGGUGAUGUGGGCUUUGAUGCUGUAACGUAUUGAAUGCCGCAGUUCUGGUCAUACUUGCUCCAGUCCAGUUCCAGGAAUGUACUGGCUGGUGUGCCUAAAUCCAGGGUGUGCUGACCCUGAAUUUGAGGGUGGUUGAGGGAUACCUGCCCUAUUCACACACCAAAAUAGGCAUCCAGGCCGUUUAAUGUGCUCAGAGAAAUAUUAUUUAUAUGGAUCUCCUGUA